AUGUCAGACAGUGGUUGGAACACUAUAGAUUCUGAUGCAGGUGUUUUCACUGAACUUGUUGAAAAACUAGGAGUGGCAAAUGUCGAGCUUAAUGAUUUAUACUCCAUUGAUUCAGACUCGUUACGAGUAUUGCAGCCAAUAUAUGGUGUAAUCUUUUUAUUCAAAUACGGUAAAAAGGACAGGGAGCAUGCUAAAUCGAAUAAACCUAUAACUGGUGAAUACGAUGCCGAUUAUCAAGAUCACGGGCUAUUUUUUGCCAACCAAAUGAUCCAAAAUGCGUGUGCCACACAAGCAGUUCUCAAUGUAUUGUUCAAUGUUGACGAUGCAAACUUGGGUGAGGAAUUGAACAAUUUUAAACUGUUUGUCACGGGGUUUGAUUCGGAAAUGAUUGGUGAAACCCUAUCCAACAGUGAACUUAUUCGCUGUAUACAUAAUUCCUUCCUGACUCCCUCAUUGAUUGCUCAAGAAGAUAAACCACCAUCUCAAGAUUACGACGAUAAAGAUGAUGGGUUGUUUCAUUUUGUUGGCUAUGUGAUGAAAAACGGCCAAAUUUAUGAACUCGAUGGAUUGAAGCAAUUUCCAAUUAAACAUGGUGAGUGCCAUAGCCAAGAUGAAUUUAUUGACAAACUACCUGGUAUAAUACACAACAGAAUCAAUGCAUAUGAUGCAAGCGAACUAAGAUUUUCAUUGUUGGCAAUAACCAAUAACAAGUUAGAACAGGCACGAACUACUGGGGAUGAAGUUGAAGUCGCCAAGCAAUUGGAUAAACGAGAGUUAUGGCAACAGGAAAACGAAUUAAGAAAGCAUGACUAUACUGGGUUAAUUGUACAGUUGUUGAAGAAUCUAAGUAAGGAAAACUCAGAUCAAGAAUGGGAAGCUUGGCUACAAAAGGGCAGAAACAAAACACAAGAAGCGAUUGCCAGUUCAAUAAAGAGGGGCUAA